GUUUGAGAAUGGAUAGAGAUAGAACUGGAUUUUAGGGCGCUGCGAUGACGCACGCCCCACGUCUAGGGCUUUGAUUUCUUGGGAUGGCUGCCAUGAGCACGCAGCGGCAGCGCGCGCUGGGCGUGGCGCUGCUCUGCGGCGGCUCGAUCGUCGCCGGCAGCAAGCUGCUCCAGUUGCGGAUCAAGGCGUUCCAGAAGGAGCAAUGGGAGUUGUGCGAGAGCGCCACUUCCAGGCAGAAUAUGCAGCUCCUGUCCCGGCGCCCCAAGGUAUCGGUCGAUGGCCUCUUUGCCAAGCGGCUUGUCGAGAUUUUGAGAAUUUGCAUCCCGUCGAUCAAGUCCAGGGAGGUGCUCUUCAUUGUGAUCCAGACGUUACUUCUAUACAGCAGAACACGUUUAACAGAGCAAAUGGCAAGCAUCGAAGGCGUGACCGGCCAAUCUGUAAUUUCCAAGGAUUGGUCACUGUUCAGCACUAACUUAAUGGGAUUCGCUCGAGUAGCGAUUCCAGCAGCAAUUGUCAACAGUGGCCUAAAGUACAUGCAGACAAUCAUCAGUCUUGCGUUUCAACAACGUCUUGCAGAGCAUUUGCACCAGUGCUACUUGACGAAUCGCGUGUAUUAUGUAGCUUCGACACUGAGGGGUUUAUCUAACGCUGACCAGCGCAUCACGGAAGAUGUUGCAAAGUUUUCUGUGGCUAUUAGUGAGCUUUACUCGUAUACGUUCAAACCUGUGUUGGAUAUCAUCGUCUUUACGCGUUCCCUUGCGAAGACCAUUGGGUACAAGGGGCAAUUUCUACUUUAUGCGUACUUUCUGUUUUGCUCAACCUUCUUGCGGAGUGUAAGUCCUCCUCUUGCUCUUAUGACAGCACAAGAGGCUGCUUUGAGCGGAAACUUUAGGAACGCGCAUCAAAGGAUAGUUGCGAAUGCCGAAGCUAUAGCUUUCAAUGACCCUCCUGGCGGAGAUACGGAGCGCAUGAUUUUGAAUGACCAUCUUUACCGGCUGAUACGUCACUCUCGAUUGUCAGCAUUUCAAAGAUUUAUUCAGCAGGUUGCUGAUGGUUAUCUCAUCAAAUAUGCUGCAUCUAUUGUGGGAAUUUGCGUAUAUGCUGCUCCUUUCUAUUACAGCAAGCAGAGACAUGAUGCGACAAUAGCAAGUGGCGAUUACAUAAGGUCAUUGCGUUUGAUGGUGAGCACAUCAAAUGCAAUAGGCCAGCUGGUCCUAGUUUAUAAGAGAGUCACGGCACUUGCUGGACAUUCCUCCCGUGUCUCUGAGCUCCUGGAAUCGGUAAAACAACUGAGCACAAGAGAAGGCCGACUUCGUGCAAGCCACAUAAGGCGAUUGUCAUGGCAUUUUGAGCAAGAAUCAUCUGUUCAAAAUCCACCCCGCCUUCUUUAUGGAGAUAGCAUAAAGUUCAGGAACGUCACCAUCUCAGCACCUGAUGGCACUCCAUUGGUUCGGGAUUUGAGCUUUGAGCUGCUACCAGGUCACUCUAUCAUAAUUAUGGGUCCAAAUGGAAGUGGAAAGUCAUCAAUUUUUCGCGUGCUGGCUGAGCUCUGGCCUCUCCAAAAUGGCACAAUAACGAGACCGCCACGAGGUGGAGGCGUUUUUUACCUCUCACAAAGGCCAUACCUCGUGCGUGGUACACUGAGAGAUCAAGUUCGAUAUCCAGCAUUACCCCUGACGCUGACACGUAAAUCCGACAAGAAGUCUUGGUCCCAAGGCUGCCGCACCGUCAAGAAUGACAGGCAUCCAGACGAUGCUCGUGUUUUGGAGGCACUAAAUGCAACGGAGGUUGGCUACUUGGUUCACCGUGGAGAUGGCUUGGACCAGAACCAGAACUGGGAGGAGACACUGUCUGGAGGAGAGAAGCAACGCCUUGCAGUUGCCCGGCUGCUUUUCCACAACCCCAAGUUUGCUGUAUUGGACGAGUGCACGUCCGCCGUGAGCGCCGAUGGUGAAGAGAAGCUCUACAGGCAAUUACACGAGAGAGGCAUAACAAUGCUCUCGAUCGCUCAUCGACCCGCAUUGAUGAAGUACCACACCGCAGUCCUCUACUUAGAUGGCAGCCAAUCGGGCUAUGGCUGGAGAUACGAGCUGGUCGAGCAAGCGACGAGUCCGAGUGGAGGUAAUACGGUCGAGCAGCUGUUUGAGCGGACGCCAUUCCUUUGGCCGAGGCCUUUGGUGGUGCCAGUAUGUAAGUUCUCUCGCUCGCCAUCGCUAUGGCCGCUCCAAUCCCUCAUAGCCGCCGAAGAAGACCACCACGCCGAGGGCGGCGAGGAGGAUGGAGGAGCGAACCCGGGGGAUUGGAAAUCUCCAAACAAUCCGCCGCUUCUUCUCGACGCCCCGGAUUGCGGAGUCUUGAGAGGCGAUUUGCUGUCCGAGAAUCUGGAAGCCAAUCCAUCCGGGGAGCGAUACUCGCCGGCGGCGGGAGGGGGCAGCAGUGUCUCCGACGGGGUGCGAUCGAUGCGGUCCUCGAGCGUGAAGCAGGGCGGAGGCGGUGGAUCCGCGCCGCCGCCUACAUUGUCGCGCCAGGAGGAAGAUCCCGCCGCUCCAGACGAGGAGGAUUGCGCCCCGGAAGCGCGAGAGCGCGCGGCUGGCGCUGCCAGGAUGCUCGGCGGCAAUGGCGGUAAGAGGAUGAGUACAGGAACUAUAUUUUUCAAGACGAAGCUGUGCUCUAGAUUCCGGGCGGGGACUUGCCCCUACAUCACGAAUUGCAACUUCGCGCAUGGAAUGGAGGAGCUCCGGAAGCCGCCGCCCGGAUGGGAGGAGUUCGUCAAUCCUCCCGUGGUCGCGGACGGCGGCGGCAAUGCGGCGAAGCUCCGGCCGUGCAAGAGAUUUUUCGCGGAGGGAGUUUGUCCUUACGGUGAGAGGUGCAUCUUUAGCCACGAGGAUCCGGCUGUGAAACCCGCCGCUACCACUGCGAUCAGCAACGCGAGCACUGCGAAGCCGCUGAACUGGAAAACGCGGCUUUGCAACAAGUGGGAGACGACGGGAUCGUGUCCGUUUGGAGACAAGUGCCAUUUCGCUCAUGGAAUCGCUGAACUCCAGAAGUAUGGUGGUGGAGGAGAGUCUCUUCCAGCGCAAAUGGACUCCAAGGCCCAGUCUUCCUCAUACUCGGACACCUCGGAAGCCAAUCCUUCGCUGACGAGCAAUCUUUUCCAGCAGCAGCUGCAACACCACCAUCAAACACAGCAAAAUCAAAGCCAGAGCCAGCAGCAGCAAAGCCGGAUCCAGCAGCAAAAGCCUCCGCUAGUCGCAACUCAAGCACCACCGAGCUCGAAAGUCUGGAGGGGUCCUAGCGGCGACGCCAUCUCCACGCGCCAUUUGUUCUUUGUUUCUUUAGGGUUCUUGGGCAUGCCCAGCCAGGAGGAGGAUGCGAUGAUCGAGGCGGAGGAGGAUAAGUCCGCCAAGGGCUUGCCGCCGACGAUGGAGCUCGACUGCGGCAGCAAUGGCCAUCACCAGGUAGACGAUUUCUUGUCCGAGGGAGAGGCGGCGUCCUCGCCCGGCAGCGCGAGCAAUGUAGCAUCGUCACCCCGUGAUGGCGGCGGCAAUGAGAAGGAGGCGAGCAUCGCGAGGCUGGCUCGCGAGAACGAGGAGCUGUCCGGGGAGAUUGCGGCGCUCAAGCGGGAGAACGAGGCCGUGGCGCGGAGCGUGAGGAAGCUGGAGGAACAGGUGAGGGACGACGCCGCGAAGCUGGAUUCGAUCGCCCGGGAGACCGAUGAGAAGAAGAGGGAGGUGCUGGAGGAGAUCGAGGCUGCGAGGAGGCAGGUCUCGGCCCUGGAGCUGGACAAGGCGGGGCUGAGCCAGGAGAAGCUGGCUAUGGCGGCGGAGAAGGGGAGAUUGGAGGAUGCUCUCGCGGUGGCCGCCAGCAACGUCUCGGAGCUCUCCAAGAAGGUGGACGACGCCGAGUCGGCGGCGGCAGCGGCCAAGGAGAAAGUUGCGCUGCUCGACGCCGAGGUUAGAAAGUUGGCAGGCGACUGUGAGAUUCUCCGGGACUCCAACGCCGGGCUCUUGGCAAUCAAGGCGGGGCUGGACGACGACUUAAAGGCGAUAGCUUCGUCCAGGGAGGCGCUGCUCCAGGAGCGGGAGAAGCUACUGCUGGAGAUCAAAGGCUUGGAAGCGGAGGCGAGCGGCGCAAAGGAGCUAGCGGAAUCUAUGCGAGCUCAAGACCAGGCUUUCAAGACCAGCCUCCUGUCGCUGGAAGAGAAGCUGGCAGCGGCGUCCCGACGCGAGGUCGAGCUGGAGACGAAGAACCACGCGCUGGCCUCGAGCAUCCGGCAGCUCGAGGCGCAGGUGUGUGGGCUCCAAAAGUGCUCGUCGGAGCACGAGUCCCUGGCCGCGGAGCUCCAGAGGGAGAGGGAGCUCCGGGUGGCUCUCCAGGAACAGGUGGUCGGGCUCAACACCCGGAAGCUCUCGCUCGAGGAGGAGGUGAAGCAGGCGUUGUCGACGAUCCAGAAGAUGCAAGACAUCACGCAGAAGGAGCAGGGGCAGCGGAGGAUGCUCGAGGAUCAAGUGUCGUCGAUCAUGAGGGAGAAGGUCCGGGUGGAGGAGGCCAAGACGGGCGUGGAGGCGGAGCUCAGGCAGCUGAGCUCGUUGUCCGCCAAGGCCGAGGUGACGGCCAAGGCGGAGGUGCUGAGCCUCAAGCAGAAGAUCGAGGGGCUGGAGAGCUCGCUGGGCAAAGUCAAGGAGGAGGCUCUGUCGAGCGAGAAGAAGGUGUGGCAGCUGCGAUCGGAGCUUAGCAAGGCCAGGGAAUUGCUGGAGUGCCGGUCGAGCGUGGCGAGGUUUGCUCUUCCCGCGGCGCUGGUCUCGACCGGAGCGCUUGUGGCUGCUGGAGUUCUGGGAUAUUUUCGUGUCCGGCAGUUGGGAGGAGGCCAAUGAAAGUUUUUGUAAAGAAUAUACUUAGAAUAUUAAGUAUGUUCUGGAAUAUUUCUUAACUUAACGGAUAUUUUCUUGCCUGGGAUAA